AAUGAGCGGAACCUGGCCAAGGAGGCCCAGCCCACUCGCCUGGGCAAGCUGCACUUCAAGCUGAGGUACAAUUUCGACAAGAACGCUCUGGUCGUGACCAUAGUCCGGUGCACCGACCUCCCGGCCAAAGACCCUGCCUUGACCUCGAGCGACCCGUACGUCAAGCUGCAGUUGCUUCCCGAGAAGCAGCACAAGGUCAAGACACGCGUUCUGAGGAAGACUGUGAAUCCGGUGUAUGACGAAGAUUUUACCUUCUACGGGAUCAACUACUCUCAGCUUCAGAACAUCACGCUUCACUUCGUGGUCCUGAGCUUCGACAGGUACUCGCGCGACGACAUCAUUGGCGAGGUGGUGUCCCCUCUCGGCCAGCUCGACUUCACCAACACCGAGAACUGCAUCAGCCUCACGCGGGAGAUCAACCCGCGCUCCCUCAAG